GUCAAGUACGACUGGUACGUUGUUUGACUUCUGGGGGUCCCUUUUAGCCGCGGAACUGCUGUUAUAGUCGAUGUUUCCGUGGGGGGAGAAUUCGUUGCCGACAGGAUUUCAUCUCGCAUGAAUGGAAAGAUAUUACCCGUAAAAGCCUGGAUUUAGGAAUGGGAACUACACGCGGAUAUUUCAGAGGUUGACGUUAGUCCGUGUCUGUCGAUUUGACGCGGGGACGCUUCCGCCUGUUUUCAACUUCGAAGUGUUGCUGUUUGUUUGUGUGUAGAGCGGGAGCUAAGUAGCUGCUAGCCCAAAGCUAGCAGUCAGACUAGGGAGCGUUAGCAUCGGCGUUAGCCUGCUGAGCUAGUCAGCCCUGUUCCAGCAACAUAGACCAACAAAAGAGCAAACAUGGUUGAAACCAUAUUUGACCUCCCGGUCGAAAAGCAGAUCUUUUAUGCUGUUCUGGGAUUUUCGUGGACAGUGUAUCUGUGGGAGGCAUACCUUUCUUACAGACAGAGGAGGAUAUACAGAUCAACAACACAUGUACCGCAGGAGCUUGGGAAGAUCAUGGACUCUGCAACAUUUGAGAAGUCACGUCUUUAUCAGCUGGAUAAAAGCAACUUCAGCUUUUGGUCUGGACUCUACUCUGAGACUGAGGGGACGUUGAUCCUGCUCCUUGGUGGAAUCCCGCUUCUGUGGGGCGUCGCUGGGUCUCUGACAAAUCGCUUGGGAUUCGGGUCAGAGUACGAGAUCACCCAGUCCCUCGUGUUUCUGACUCUUGCCACCCUGUUCAGUGCCGUAACUGGACUUCCCUGGAGUUUGUACAAUACGUUUGUCAUUGAGGAGAAGCACGGCUUCAAUCAGCAGACGUUUGGGUUCUUCCUCAGAGAUGCCUUGAAGAAGUUUUUUGUAACCCAGUGUAUCCUGCUGCCUGUUACCUCACUGCUUCUGUACAUCAUCAAGAUUGGUGGAGAUUACUUUUUCAUCUACGCCUGGCUCUUUACCUUGGCUGUCUCUCUGGUACUUGUUACCAUCUAUGCUGACUACAUUGCUCCCCUGUUUGACAAGUUCACUCUGUUGCCAGAAGGGGAGUUGAAGAUGGACAUUGAGGCUAUGGCCAAGAGUAUAAGCUUCCCCCUCACUAAAGUUUAUGUUGUAGAAGGUUCCAAGCGUUCAUCGCACAGCAAUGCAUACUUCUAUGGUUUCUUCAAGAACAAACGCAUUGUGCUGUUUGACACUCUCCUGGAAGACUACUCGCCUUUCAACAAGACUGGAGAGCCGCAGCCUGAACAGCCAGAGAGCGAUGAGACAUCCAGCGAAGCCAAAGCCAAGCCCAAGAACAAGAAACAAGGCUGCAACAACCCAGAGAUCCUUGCAGUGCUGGGUCAUGAGCUCGGCCACUGGAAGCUUGGUCAUACUGUAAAAAAUAUGAUCAUCAGUCAGAUGAAUUCCUUCCUGUGCUUCUCCCUGUUUGCUGUUCUGAUUGGACGUAAGGAGCUGUUUGUAGCUUUUGGCUUCAAUGACAGCCAACCCACUCUAAUAGGCUUGAUGAUUAUCUUCCAGUUCAUCUUCUCCCCGUACAACGAGCUCCUGUCCUUCUGUCUCACGGUUUUGAGUCGCAGGUUUGAGUUCCAGGCAGAUGCCUUUGCACUGAACAUGGGCAAAGCCUCUGAGCUCUACUCUGCCCUCAUCAAGCUCAACAAGGACAACCUGGGCUUCCCUGUGGCCGACUGGUUGUUCUCCAUGUGGCAUUACUCCCACCCUCCCCUCCUGGAGCGCCUCAGAGCGCUUGGCAACGUCAAGCAGGACUGACGGGGCUGGAAGGGGGAGCAGCGACCGCUGCCUCCUCCAAAGGGCCUCCGCAGACUGCUCCUGGCCCUGUGAUGCACCCCGGUCUCUCUUUAUCCACCUGCACCCCCUCAUUUUGUUUUGUCUUGUUUCUAGCCCUUUCUUUGAUUCCCAUUUUGUUCUCUUUAAUCUUUGUUUUAAACAAAACCAAAACAUAUUAGCACAAGGCAGCCUGAAAAAAAAAUUAAAUGCCUGUACUGAUGUCUCUGCUCUUUUACUAGAGACACCUAAUACGCACUUGUUGAGAGCAAUACCUCUGGGCAAUGUGUGUUGUAAAAAACAUUGUCAGAUCCCAGGUCAAGUUUACAGUUUUCAGUUUUUGAAAUAAUAACUAUAACUCUUCUUUUUUUUAUCUGAUAAGGAAGAGUCAGGGAAAAAAUGAAAACAUUCAUUUUAUUUGUUAAUUUAAAAAGACAGGAAACACAUAUAGACAUGGUAAGAAAGCAGACAAAUGACUUCUUUCAGAACGUGUGACAAUGAUUUUUGCAGAUACACAGGCCAGAAUUAGUUUUGUUCCUCAAAGUGCAAGUAGAUUUUUUUAUUAUACAUUAUCCCCUUGCAAGUCAUCAAAUCCCCAGUUUUGUAAGAGGAACUAUGUAGAUGCUUUAUUACAGUCAAAAAUUGUGAGUGCCUCUAAUUAUUGCUUUGUUCAGAUAAUGGAAAUAUUAUGAAAAGAGCCGUGCAGAAAAUUUUAUUUGAAAUUAUGUUAGACUUGUGAUUUUCAUUUUUGACAUGCAUGGGGUGGGUCUUGUUUUUCUAAAGCACUUGCUCGCAAACUAAGGGUGCAACCAUACCUGUAUAUAUGUAACUUUGAUGAGUAGAGUAUUGACGUAUGAAGUGAAUUGUGAACAGUUUUGAAUGUGGAUUGUAAUUUUUAAGUUGAUAUGGUGUUUUUUAGUUUCCUUAUCAUGGGUUUUGGGCCGGAUUGAGCAGAGAGUUGCCUGGGAAAAAUAACAUAUUUAUGGGGCAAAUUUAGGGAGAGGGUCUGCGAGGCUCCUUUCACCAAUAAGCCAGUGCUUGGUUUGUUCAAAGAGGGGAUUGUGUACUUCGUUUGCAGCGUUGAAUAAAAUCCUUCAAAGCA